AUGGCUUUGAUGAGUAUGAAUAACACAUCGUCAAUCAUGAACGUUACCACCAUGCAACCGGCUACCCUUAGCCAAUCUCUCUACCCCUACAAUGCCCGCAUCGGGUUGGCCUGUGUGUGGAUCGUAGCCGCGGUACUUGGACUCGUUGGGAACAGCCUCGUGAUCUGGUCGGUCGUCCUGUCCAAGAAACUCCGCACGGUAACCAACGCCUUCGUGGUCAACCUCAGCCUGGCCGAUUUGUGGACGAGUCUGUCUUACCCUUGGCAAGCCGUCGCCAUACUGAGCCACGGGUCCUGGCCGUUAGCUACAGAGGUCCCAUGCUACAUCGCGGCUGUGCAGUUAUACACCGGCCUUGGUGCAAGCCUUUGCUCAUUGGCGGUAGUAGCCUUCAAUCGCUUCAUGCUGGUCACCCAGAAAACUGAAACAUACAGUCGUUGGUACACUCCGGGAAAAGUCUCCGCCAUGAUUGUUGCGACUUGGGUCAUCCCGUCUAUCGUGUUCUUCUUGCCGCCGAUUAUCGGCAUUGGCGACUUUGGUUACGAUCCUCAAGACAACACGUGCUCAGACAAGGAUGGUCAUCCCCGCGGCCAAGAGUUCAACCUGGCUCAAUCUCUUGGUCUGUUCCCGGUCCCCAUGCUCAUCAUCAUCAGCUCCUACACGGCACUCUACAUUCAUCUCAAACGUCACUUCAGGAAGCAGAAGAGGAGACGCGCCCAACAGGGGAGCCCGUCUCAGGAUGUUGAUGGGGGAACUGUUGGCGAGUCGACCGUCAGUUUCACCGUCGUAAGCGAGUCAACAGCGAUGCCAACCAACAACGUAGCCAAAAGCAACCGGCGAGCAAUCAGCCGUCAGCAGCUUGCUAUCACCAAGAAUCUCUUCGUGGUGUUCUUCAUCUUCUUCUUGUUGAUGUCCCCUUAUUUCAUCUCUCUGGCUAUACCAAGCAGUCGUAAGUUUGCUCUCUACGGGAUAACCAUCUCUAUCUUGAAUAGCUGCGUAAACCCCAUCAUCUACACGGCAAAGCAUCCUCAGUUCAAGUUGGUGCUUCGAAAUAUUCUUCGCUGUCGCUACUCGCAGAUACCCGAACCAUCUGACUGGCUGAAAUCUGUCUUGUCUCAGAGAAAGUAACAACGGGGAACGAAACGUGGGUAUAUCAUGAGCCCUUUUAUUUUGACCAGCUGUUGGCUUCAU